AGAGGAGAGGGAUCAAAGCUUCAUCGGACACAACCCCAACCUGCACUCGCCCAUCAACACCCACUUCCAAAUACAUACAACCACUUUUUCUCGAAAAGAUAUCCUCAUCAACAAGAUGGCCGAUCCAGAGAAUGUCAAGGCAAUCAUCCGCCUCCGUCCUCCACUCCAGAUAGUCCAGCCACUCAACUCAUCCGCAUCCGAACCACACUACGUUCCUCGCCAGACCCGUCUCUACUCAAGCGAACACUCGCCCCCUUCAUGUCCAUACACACUCCAACCUGAGAAUGCUUCCAUCCAUGCCGGCGGGAGCUGGUUCACAUUUGACGGCGUCCAUCCGCCUUCCACCUCCACCGCCGAGAUCUAUCAAUCCCAUAUCGCCUCGAUGAUCCAGGAUGCUGUUGCUGGUUAUAACUCUACCCUGUUCGCCUACGGGGCCACCGGUAGUGGCAAGAGUUACAGCAUGAUCGGAUCGGAGAAGGAGGAUGGAAUCAUGCAGAGAGCGAUCGAAGACGUCUUCGAUCUGGUCGAACAGGAUCAAGAUCGCGAAUACGUCGUCAGAGCAUCCUAUCUAGAGAUCUAUAACGAACAACUUCGUGAUCUGCUCGCAACCGACCGGCCUCCCCCUCUGGCCUCAAACGGCUCAGCCCAUCAAAACAUCCCCAAAGUUCAUGAGGACAGACAGGGAAGGAUCUUCGUCAGACCACUAGUUUCAACCCCAUGUGCCGACCCAGAGGAUGUCAUGAGGCUCCUACUCAGCGGGGAAUCCAGAAGACGGGUCGAGAGAACCGAGUGGAACCUACACAGCUCACGAUCUCAUACCAUCUUCUCAUUAACCCUCGAAUCUAGACCCGUCAACGGACCCGCCACCUUCCCAAUCACCUCCUCCACCAUGCGCCAGGUCACCCGUCAGAGCUCUCGUACCCAACUUCGUUCAGAUCUCAACCCACUCGACCCUCCCUCAGUAACCAGCCCCUCUCAGCCUUCCCCCUCAACCUGCGAGGUCUUCCUGGGUACUGGGAUCGGAAAAAUGCCAAUCACUCCAAGCGUGACCAGAUUCAAAUCAUCAACUGCUUCCUCCAAAUCGAGUGGCCAUGUUCCCGACGGGAGUAUCCGUAUCAGUCAACUCAAUUUGGUUGAUCUUGCAGGUUCCGAGAAGCUGACUGAUAACGAAGCCCGGAAUAAAGAAGCCUCAUACAUCAAGAAGUCCUUACUAGCAUUACAGAGUGUCGUCUCCAGUCUCACCGAGUUAGGAACCAGUACAUCCUCAUCCAACCAAUCCAGCACCAAACAACGAUUGUUACAUGUGCCUUACCGAAACUCACAGCUGACUCGGCUACUACAAACCUCCUUAUCAGGCAACGCCAAGGUCGCCUUCCUAUGUACCAUCUCACCCGAUCCGGACUGCGAGAUAGAGACGUUGAGUACCUUGCGGUUUGCAGCGGGGGCUAAGAAGGUCGAGACGAGGGCCGAGAUGGGUCAGGUGGUCGAUCGAGCGACCCUCUUAGAAGCCCUAGAAUCUAAAGUGCUCGAGCUUGAGGCCGCUCUAAUGACUAAUGCCGAUUAUACCGAAGCUCUCGAAAGAGAACGGGAUGAAGCCAUCGAACGGGCCGAUGGGGCUGAGAAGAUUUGCGAUGACUAUGAAUCUAAAUUGGCUGAAUUACAAACUCUUCGGACACCAUUAAAAGAACAGCAUGAUCAUCUGAAACGGUUAAUCUUAACAGGCUCCCCACGCUCAUCAUACGCGACAGCGAACACGCUAGAGCUCCAUACGAAUAAUCAACAUCCGGGAGGUCCUGCGACAACGACUGGGUUGAUCCGCAAAAAGUCUGUUGGGACUAAGCGGCCCUCCAGACUCUCUGAAGCUGCUACAGGACCUGUUCUUGACACUCCUACUAAACGAGUGGGGUGGAAGGAGUUGUUUUUUGAUGAGCAUCCCGGUGAUGAAUCUAUCAGCAAGAAUCCCCCACCGGCUCAAGAUUUAGAUAGUGUCGAAAAAUCUGAGAAGAUUAACGAGUUGAAUUUGACGGUCGCCAAGCUCGAAGCCACUCUUGCCGAAGCUGAAGACACGCACAUCGGAGAAAUUUCCGAACUGAGAGCCGAAGUUUCUACGCUAGAAGAACAGGUUCUCGAGCUCCAGCGGACAUUGGAGGAACGGGAUCCGCCCGGAAACUCAUCUCCGAAAUUGCAAGCCAAUUGUGGUUUGGAGAAUGAGCGGGAGAAACUCGGAAAAACCAGUAGUGAGAAGGUUGAAAAGCUAGAAUUAGAACUGAAGAAUCAGCAAGAAAUGAUCAGCGCACUAGAAAGCAAACUAAGAGAAGCGGAAACUUCGAAUGACCGGAUGAGAGCAGAAGUCGAGCAGGAAAGAAAAGAGCAUGAGAAACAGAUAUCCUUACAAUCACAAUUGAUUGCAACUCUCGAACAAAAGCUAAGAGAAAGCUCAAGGUCAGGACCGGUCAGACUACUGGGGCACAAUGAUGGCGAUGAGGAUGAGAUGAGGAGAUAUUCUGAAGUGACAGUGAAUGGGGAAAUCGACAGAGAAGAAGAGGAAGGGCGAGUCCAGAGCGGUGGCCAACAACCGGGCGGCUCGAAGAGCAAGAAGACAUCCAAGUCGCGCUCGAACUCGAUGCGCUCGAAGUCGGGGCGAGCGAAGAAGGGGAAUGGCCGGGCCCGGUCGGGCUCGCACUCGGUCGGCCAAGAAGCCAGAGGUGACGAGGCGGAGGAUGAUCUGAAUAUCCGGCCCGAGGACCAUGUCCGUUUCGAGCACCCGUCCCAGUCGCCCAGUCUGGCCUCCAAAGCCCCCGCGAUCGGCGACGGCGCAUCUUCCCAGCCGCGCAAACGGACGACCAGCCAUCGGCCCACGAACCAGAACAGAUCUCCUAACCAUCACCAUCGGCAUCAUCAUUCAACAGACUCGGGCGACAGAAGCAAAGAUCAGAUCGACCUCAAUCAGCAGCAGCCUCCUCGUUCCCACGAUCAUCAUCUGCUUCCUGUCCGGAGGUCGGCUAGGAAUAAUCAUUCGAACAAGAAGGUCUUGAGCGUCGUCGAGAAUUAGACUCCUCCUCCAUCAUUCUUUUUGUCUUUUCUCUCUCCCUCAUUAUAUACUCUUGUGUCUUGUAAGACUCUCCCUCUUUUUUACAUCUUGGUAGGCAGAUCCAAUCUCCUCCAGUAAUAUCAUGCUACUCUUAGUCGUCAUCGUCGUUUUUUUUUUUUGUCUCCAUCUUUCCAGACGUGUUGUUCUCUUUAUCUCUCUAGACUCUCAACACACUGAUAUGGUUUAUCAUCAUCCAUCUGAUAUACAUAUAUGUAUCUUUCCUUGUCGGCUUUUGUUUUCCUCAGCGCACUUACUUUUGUCUGUCUCUCUGUGUUUGUUUGUUUGUGGUUGUGUGUGUGUGUUUUGUGAAAGUUGGCUCUUAUUUGUCUCCCCUUCUUGUUUGUUCCGUAGCUUAUUUCCCUUGACCUUUUUUUUUUUUUCUUUCUUUCUUUUUUAGAUAUAGUGAGAUUAAGAAGAUCUCUUGAUCCUAACAUAAUUAAAUUAUUUUUUUUUAUUUCUUUGAAGAAAGAUUACAGAGGAUGAUAGAUUUUUG